UGUAGAUGAUAUGAAGCAUUUGAUGAUGGGCAAAGAAAUUAGCAUGUGUUGUACUUUUGUUUUCAAAGUAUCCUUUUCAUGCAUGAUAGUAAUUAUAUUAUCGUAGCCUUUAGAUCCGUGAAUGAGAAAUGAAGAGAUGCUGUUCCAUAUCGGAGGAAGGAGAAGAAUUAGUUUGGAAUAAAUAGAAAAGAACUUCUCUGUAACUUAAUGAGUUGGGAAGAAGGCAAACAUUUUGUCAUCGCUCAGUUUGAAUUCGGAUUUGGAUUAUCUGAUUGAUUGAUUAUUUGUUGGAAUGUUACCCCUUUUUAUCACAAUAAGUCAAUACUUAUUUGUUAGCUAUAUAUACUACGGCAUUGCUUCAGAAUUUGUUAUGAAAUUUUUGAAAUACAUCUCCUCUUUCUCUAAGCAUUGUUUUCAGAAGAAAUAGAAUUGUGUGCUUUGUUUGGUGUGGCACUUGAUUUAUGUUGGAAUACUGAUGUUCCAACAGAGGUAAAUUUUGUUUCACUUCGAAAGAAAUAGAUUCGUGUUUUUUUUCUGUAAUUCUUUACUCGUCUUUGAAGAGUUGUUAAGAGGGAAACAUACAUUCUUUUUUAAAUGGACUAAAAAGGAAAGCAAGACAUUCUUUUGUAUCUUUUUCUAGUGUUUAUUUUGGGCAAGUUUGUGUUAUAUUGAAACAACUUCUCUACCUCCAAGGUAGACAUAAAGUCUUCUGCGUACACUCUACAUUUCUUAGACCCCUACGUUGGGUAUGUUGUUGUUAAGUUUGCAUUGUACUGCAGAAAAUUCCUAUAGGUUUCUUAAAGUUUCUGAAUGGACACGAUCAAUAUGAACAUGCUAUCCUGGGAAGGGCAGGUAAAACGUGGUUGGUGAAGGUGAGCAGUUGGCUAUUAGAAGAGGGUUGGAAAAUGUUUGCUAAGGAGAAUGAUUUGCAAUUUGGGAGAUUUGUUGAUUUUCAAACAUGAAGGAGACAUGGAAUUUGAGUCAUCUAGUGACUGCGAUGAAAAUCGCUUCAAAGAAACCUCAAAUUUUUCAAACCGAUUCAGCCAGGUUUCAAUCUUGGUCCUAAAAUUCCCAUAGAUUUCUUGAAGUAUCUGGAGGGAAUGAACCAUAUUAAACAUGCAAUACUGAAAAGUAUGGGGAAAAAGUGGCUCGUGAAGGUGAACGGCUGGCGAUUAGAAGAGGGUUGGGAAAAGUUUGCAGAGGAGCAUGAUUUGCAUUUGGGAGAUUUUUUGGUCUUCAAACAUGAAGGAGAUAUGGAAUUUGAAGUUUCCAUCUUUGAUUCAAGUCAUUGUGAUAGAGAAUACACAGAGUAUCUGCUGGAAGGAGUCGAUAAUGCUGAAGAGACUUUCAAGAAAGUGAAAUUCAAAGAAGCUGCUACUCACAACUGUAGGGGUCAAUCUCAUUAUCAGUGCAUUGUCAGACCAAAUUACAUUUCAAAUGGUUACUUGCGUCUUCCUAAACAUUUUGCAAUCGCAAACGGUCUUACCAACAAGAAAUGUGAUCUGAUUGUAAGAGAUGAAAGACAAAGAUCAUGGAAUUUAAGGCUUGUUGCCUAUGAUUCAUGUGUCCGUGUAUAUGGUGAAUGGAGUAACUUCUGCAUUGUGAAUAACUUAAAAAAGGGAGAUUAUGUGACAUUUGAGAUCGUUCCUUAUGGAGAAAAAAUUUGCACAAUUAAACAUCUUAGGCAUAAGAAGUCGGACGUGACUACUCCAAUGUCGCAAACACUAGCUUCAACAUCUGCUGAUACCAACCCACAUUUCAUAUCCACUAUCAAACCUUACGCCUUCACAAAAGCUCUUUUAGUAAGAUAUCUUCCCAUGGAUUUUGUAAAAUCAAAUGGUUUGAUGAGUAGAAGUGAGAUGAUUCUUAUCGACGAAAAGCAGAGAUCAUGGUCAGUAUGGCUAGGGCAAACAGGACAUCAAUUUGGAAUUAAAAGGGGAUGGACGCAGUUCAGAAAUGCAAAUGGUAUUCAAUUAGGAGAUACUUACAAGUUUGAACUCACCAACAAUGGCACAAUACCUAUAGCUCAUGUAAGUAUUCUGGAAGUUAAAGGAUGCGAAUAGCCAAGCAUCAUAGAAGCCAUUGACAAGAUAAUAUGAAGCAGUUGUUGAUGGUAAAGGAAACUUGAGUCUAGGGUUUUGUACCGUUUUCUUGUUGCUUACUACCUUUUCUUACUGUCUCUUUUUUCUUCACUUAAGUCGAGGGUCUUUCAGAAUCAACAUAUCUACCUCCCGAGGUAGUAAAUAAGGUUUGUGUAUAUUCUGAAAUUUCACUGAUAUGUUGUUGUUGGUAGAAAAUGAUUGUGAGGAGAUCAAAAUCUUUAAAGGACAGUAAAUUUUGUGGGCUCAAUAUUAUUUCAAGGUUUGUUUGUGUUUAGAUUCAUUCAUAUUGGAUGUUAAAAUUUUGAUUCUUUGAUCGAA